AUGGUUGCAAUCACAUCUGGCAGUGGAAAUGGGAAAAUUGUAGCAAUUGAAAAUCGUCAGGCUCCCAAUCGGCACUACGCUGACCGUAGUAGACGGACGACAAGAAAAAUGUUGACGUUCACCGACAUGCCCGCCAAUUUGAGCGGCCCAAAGGCCCGCGGGGCUCGAACUAUGGAGCGUGCCAGACCGAAAGUGGACUUUUGCCUACAAGCAUGA